AUGUUUCGCUUUGUCAUUUGUAGGAAACAUGAUUAUGAGAAUUAUCUUAUAUCAGCAUUCUAUCCCAAAGAAGCCAGGCCCGCUCAUGUCGCCGUACGAGCAUUCAAUUUAGAAAUUGCUAUGGUGAGAGAGAAUGUGAGUAAUCCUCAUAUUGGGAGCAUGAGAAUGCAGUUCUGGCGGGAGACCAUCGAUGGUGUAUUCAAGGGUAAUCCGCCAAGACACCCAAUUGCUUUGAUUCUUAGCGACGUUCUGAAGCGUUCCCGACUGUCACCCCUGUUUUUCAAGAGAGUCAUUGACGAAAGAGCCUUGCACCUAAGUGAUCUUCCGUGUAUGACAAUCAAAGACCUUGAAUCAUAUGGUGAAAACACAUCGUCUUGUUUAUUAUAUUUACAUCUAGAAUCCUUGGGAAUACGCGACUUACAAGCGGAUCAUGCCGCUAGCCACAUUGGAAAAGCGAUUGGUAUUGCGUCAGUAUUAAGAGCGUUUCCUUAUUUGGCAUCUAAACGGAGAAUGAUGGUCCCAGUAGACGUCUUGGCAAAGUAUAACAUUAGUCAAGAAGAAGUUUUUCGAUCAGGAAGAGUUGAAGGCCUUGCCGAUGCAAUCUUUGAAGUUGCUACUACAGCACAUGAUCAUUUGAUUACGGCAAGAUCAUUCCUACCUCGAGUUCCAAAACAAGCUAUUUCCGUUUUGCUCCCUGCAGUUUCAUGUGAAUCUUAUUUAAAGAGGUUAGAAAAAUAUAAUUUUGAUGUAUUUGAACCAAAAUUGAGCAUACAAGAUUGGAAGUUACCAUUCACGCUGUGGAUAAGUCAUCGUAAGCAGAGAUAUUAA